AUGUUUGGCUUUCUCGAGCACCACGACACCUUGCAAUGGGAGGAAGAAGAACCCUAUUCGGCACCCCGUCCACGCACCCCGUUCCGUGCGCAGAAGAGCCGUACGUCGAUCAAGGCCACCCGGCGCAGUCGGCCUCUGACCGUCCUGGACUCAAUACACACCGCUGCUCGCAACCUCUACUCCUCGACGCCGCCUACUCGCCACAGACAACCAGCUCCAGCACCCCCCGCUCCACCACCCUCACAACACUGCGCGCCGACGUCCGUGGCCACGCUCCUGGCAAGAUAUCUGGACCACCUCACCACACCAGCCUUGCAGGACGAGCCGUUCAUAUGCACCCAGCGGGAACACGAACUGCUCCAGCGCGAGAACCUGACCCAGGUCGUGAUACAGUCAUGGGCCUUGUCUCUUCUGGAGACAAACUCAAAUGCUGCAGCUGCCGUUUUCCAGCGUGGCGCGAGGACGCCGCCCUUGUUCCUACUCUCGCUGUUCCUCCGACGAGAACAUAUCAGGAUAUACGCACUGGGCGUAAUUCUCAACCACCUCAGCGCCAGACUCGAGCAGGAGCUGAUUCCCUGGAGCGCUUUCAGAGUCUUAAUGAAUGGAGUCCUGCGACAUGCGCGCAAAGUAUGGCCAGAGUCGUUACCCUGGAUCUCUACCGUCUUUCUCGACAAGGCAGCCGAAAUCCACGGGAUUGGCGGCGCCAGUGACGCUCUCGCCCCCCGAAGCUACGGUGAAAUCACCCAAUUCUGCAAUAACCUGCUGUCCCUGCUGUCCCUGCCUGCAUCGCACCGGCCGAUGAUCGCGGCUCGCCAUCAAGAGAACGCACAAUUCCGUGUGCUGCAGUUCAUGGCUCGGUAUGAUCCGUCAAUUGCGGUCACCCGAACUGGUUUCCGAGCCCUUGCACGCAUCCAGCUCACGCACGCAAAGACCGAGCAGGAGAGAGACUGGGCAGAGCUGAAAGGUCCCUGGUGGCCUCCGUGGAAAGAGAGCAAGACCGCCAUGGACGACGAAAAGGGCUACGAAUAUGGAGCUUCUCGCGCCUCCAAGAUCCUGCAUCGCAUGUUCGAGGCAGGCUAUGCUGCGCGCGGCUGGGAAGAGGUAGCAGAGGUGUAUGCAGGGUGGGACACCGACUUGAGUCCUACCAUCCAAACGCGCGCGCUGCUUCCGUUUGAUUUCCGAGGAAGCCACACUAAUCAGCUGUGGGCCGCGCGUAUCCGGACAACCAGGACGAGGCGAGAGGCGUGGGCGUGUUUCCUUGCUCAUGAAGCUUCGGGUGCGUCGCCGCACGAGGAGGUCUACCUGGCCAUGUUUGAGAAGCUACACUUCAUGGAGAUACAGCGACAGUCGGACGUCGCUCACCAAGACGAUGCGUCCGAGCCGCCCGCGCCGUCUCUGCUUCCGGGAGACAUGAAAGAGGUCUCGGCUGAGCCGCACUCUCCGCUGCACAAUGUCUUCCUCGGCGAGCCCGUUCCGUCGUACGAAGAACUCUAUCACCGUAUGACGAUCAAGAAAAUGCGGCCUCGGCGGCGACUUUUGGCGUUCCUGCUCGAGACACACCCAGACUUUGCUACCAUGUUCAAGCUGCUGGAGAAGGCGAAGGAUGACUUUGACGGCGGCGUCGGCUGUCUGCUGACCGGAACCCACGACAUGAAUACCGUCCUGGUCCCCGAUUAUUUUCUGGCUGCCUUUAUUCGAUUUCUGUGCCGCUUCGGCCACCCAACGAGCGCACUCUCGGGCAGCACAACCUUCCUCGCACCGGACCAGCACCUCCGUCAGUUCAUGUUCAACGAGAACUACCGCCUGGAGUACGCGUACGCUCUGCUCCUGCACUACAAGCCGCGCUACCAACCUGCGUGGACUGCGUUCAUGGAGCGCGUUGUGUUCAGCAAAUCCGGCAGCUCGCUCUACCACGAGAAGGACAGUGCAAUGGGCAUUACAAACACCCAAUACAGCAUCGUCGUCAAGCUCCUCGACACACUCGCAUCCGUCGAUGUCGACGUCGAGGGCGACUUGUUCGAUCUUGCCUGCACAGCGACGAGGUACGCCGCACAGGCCGUGCACCGAGGCACGUUUUCGUUCGAGCAGGGCCGCGACUUUCUGCGUACCCGCUCGUACCGUCUCCGCACGCUCUUCCACCAUCUCGUGGGCGCGAGCGCCGACCCGCAGGCGGCCCACGCAGCAGACAUCCCGCCGCACAUCCCAGGCCCCGCACAACUCCACGCCUACGUCCGCGCCCUCGGCAUCCUCCGCGACUACGAGGGCCUGUACUCCUUCUCCACCUGGCUCACAACGCACAACGCGGCCGUCAUUGCGCGCGCCCGCGCCCAGCACGGCGGCUCCGACAUGCUGUUCCGCGCCCUGGUGGCCCUGCGCGCGGCGACCGGCGGCUGGCUGGAAGAGGGCCGCGACGCGCGCCCCGCCGCGCCCGCCGACAUCGCGCAGCUCAUCAAAGCGCAGAUCGCCAGCGUGCCGGCUUGGGGCGGCUGGCCGAGUAAUAGACACGUCGCGCUGUACAUCUCGGGCUUUGUGCGCAGCGCCACGCCGUCGGUCGGGGGGCGUUGA